AUGGGAGCUGUUCUUAGUCCGGGAUCUCUUAUUAUUGAAGACAACAUUUACCAGUAUCGACUUCAAGGUUUACCAUAUGCACUGGUAUGUUGGUUCUACGAGUGUUGCCCGGCGGUGGAAAAUACCUUUGCUCAGCUAGUGAACAAAGAUGCUAUCCCGCGGAUUCUGAGGUGGCAAGCAUUCGUUCCUGCAAAAUACAUUGCUGUUGACAGGGAUUUAUUUGUUGAGAUUCCAUCCGAUGAGAUGAUUUUCCGAUCAAUUGUUCCAACCCCGGCAGAGAUGAAUGCCCUUCGUCUAGGUGACUUAUUCAAAAAAAUUAAGAGAAACGAGGAGGGUUAUUGUCCGGCAUUUAAUAUAUUGAAGGACGGUGAAUCAACGUCGAACACUUCGAAUUUAAAUGUUAUGGAAGAGAGGCUGGAAAUUUUGAUGGCUGGUCAAAAGACGAUUAAGGAUGAUAUAAUGGAUUUGAAACGUUUAUUCACUUCCAAAUGUUCCGAACUUUUGACAGUUGUCAAUUCAUUGAAUGAUAGGCUAACUCUGAUUGGUGAUUCUAAAACGGUUGAAAUUGAGAAACAUGAUGUUUCUGAUGGCUUGCAGACAAGGGUUGACAAAGGAAAAAAAGUAACGGAACGAGAAGAAAGGGAUGGUAGGGAGUCUGCUGCUCCUGUUUCUGCUGAUACUAAAGCUACUUCCAGCAAAGAAAGGGAUGGUAGGGAGUCUGCUGAUGAAGAAGAAGGUGCUGAAAAAGUCGAAUUGGAAGAUUUGGUUUGCGAGAAGGCUGUACUUAAAGGCAAGGAUGACCGUGGUGAACCUUGUGUUAUUGUUUCUUCCGAACACGUUGAUGUUAUCUCUCCGAAUUUUGAGGUUUCGCGACAAAGCGAGUUGAAUUUAAAAUCUCCACCAGAUGACACCAUCAAUCAGACUAAAAAAAUGCAAUCUGGUCCUUCUUCAAGCCGCUUCAUACCGACGCAAACUGGUUGUAAAGUUCGUAUUUGUCCAUUUGAUGCUAAUCACAUUUUAUUCAGUGAUGCCACCAAACAAGACAUCAUUCAGAAUUGGCUGGAAGAAGGACGUCCUAAAGGGGCCAAAAGGCAAAGCUGGAUAUACGAUCCAAAGAUUGAUAAAUUCCAUCCUCGUCUUUCUCUUGGCGUGGUUGAUAUUGAAACGAAAUCCUGGUUUUACCAUCUCUACCACGUUGGAAAGGCUCUUGAGUGUUCUCAUGUAGAUGUUCUCUUUUAUUAUCUGAGAAAGAAAAUAAAAUAUGGAUGUGCUGCAAACAGUAGAUGUACGUCAACUGAUAAUUUUUUUGAUCGGCGUAUUCAAACUCUCUACACAGCAUACAAGAAAAAGCAAGAUGUGUCACUUGUUUCUUUGAAACAUACAGUGGCUAUCUACAUUAAAGGUGGUGCUAUGCGUUGCAAUACGAAUUGGGCUAAUGUUGACGAUGUUCUUUUUCCGAUCAAUUGUGUUAACGAUUGGCAUUGGAUUUUGGCUCGCCUGAAUUUCAAGGAACGAUGCAUCUAUAUCUACAAUUCGUUGAGGUCGGCGCAAUAUGACAGAUCAGCAACUGAAUAUGUUACUUGCUAUAGUGUGUUGCUUCCACUAUUCCUUCAAGCUACCAAUUUUUAUGAUUCUCGAGAUGACAUCGAUACUACUGCCGGUGCUUAUGAGGGAAAGAGAAUAACUGAUCCGUUCAGAAUAGAGAUUGUGGAAAACAUGCCUAUCCAAAAUGAUGUUGAUUGUGGAGUUCAUAUGUUUUCCGCUGCUGAGUUCUUUGUUGAUGGGAAAGUUAUGGGGCAUGAUUAUGAUGUCAAAGAACACCGUGCUCGUUACGCUUCGUCAUUAUAUUUGUAUGCUCGUUGGAAGGAAAGCUCUUCUUGUGUUAGUGAAGAUGAGGGUCCUCUAAAACUCAAGAGAACAUCUGCCUAGGGAGUGAAGAGGAAGCUAAUUUAUGGAGGUUCAAGAUGAAGAAUGUUAUUGAUUUUUGUUUGUAAAGAAAGUCUCCUUUUUGUCACACUUUUAUUUUGCUUGGAGGACAUAAAUGUCCAUUUAUUUCUUAUUUGAAGUCUAUUUUAGAGUAUGUGUA